GAAAAGUUGGUCACACCGGAAAAAGAUGUCGAGAGCGCGCGUCGCGUUUGUUGAGCUCCCGAUCGCCGAGUUUCCGUGAAAACUGCAACAAGUGCGCCGUGUUUUUUGGCGAUCGCCUCAAAGUCGCAGUAAACAGUGCGCUUUUUGUUUUCGUUUUGCCGCUCUUGUGACUUCUCGACUAUAUUCGCAGUCCCUUGCGCACUUGGUUCUCUUUCGACGCCGACGUCGACUGCGCAGCCGCCGCGACGCGAAAUGUGCAACAACAAGUUAAACAGCAACUACCAACACAACUACAAAGUUAACCAAUAUUUAAAAGCUGGCUCAAUUAAUUAGCAGCCCGAAAAGUGCAGUGCUAAAUACAAAAAAAGAGGAAACGCUGUAUGUUUUUGUUUUUCCCCUGGAUUACAAAGCUGGAUAAAUCGGAUUAGACCGGGCAACAAAGAAAGAGAGAGUCAGAGCCCCCAGAACAGAACGAUAGAUAAACGACGUCACACUGGAGUCACAACACGAACAAUUUUCCCAGAACUGAGACGAGACUGUCCCCCUCCCCGAUUACAACCUGUACAGUAUGUCACAUGAUAAGAAGAUGUUGGAUCGCGAGGCAGUUCGUUCAGUGAUUCAGCAAUGGAAUGCCAAUCGAUUGGAUUUGUUUGCGCUCUCCGAGCCAGACGAAAACCUGCUCUUCCAUGGCGUUAUGCGCUUUUACUUCCAAGAUGCUGGCCAGAAGGUGGCCACCAAGUGCAUUCGUGUGGCUUCCGAUGCCACCGUCACAGAUGUCAUAGACACACUCAUCGAGAAAUUCCGUCCCGAUAUGCGGAUGCUAUCCGUGCCCAAUUACGCGCUUUACGAGGUGCACGCCAAUGGCGAGGAGCGGCGGCUCAAUCCCGACGAGAAGCCGCUGCUGGUGCAACUCAAUUGGCACAUCGACGAUCGCGAGGGUCGCUUCCUGCUCAAGAACAUUGACCAGAAGACCACUCCCAUCGAGCAAACUGAUCUGAACUUCAAGCGAAAGCUCUCGAAGCGUGAGAAAAAGGAGCAGAAGAAGAAGGAGAAGAUGGCGAAGCUGAGCUCCGACCCGCCCACCUCCAAUGGCAGUCACUUGGGCCUGGGCAACGGGAUAGGCGGAUCGGGAACGGGAUCGGCCCACAUGAAUGGCAACGCCGGAGGAGGCGGCGGCGACGGCAGCGAUGCUGUGGCCGGAAAACUGUACACGGAACUGCCGGAAACCUCGUUCACACGAUCGAUCUCAAAUCCGGAGGCCGUGAUGCGGCGCCGGCGACAGCAGAAGCUGGAGAAGAAGCUACAGCAGUUCCGUUCCAGGGACGGUGGUCCGGACACCGGGGGCACCUUGAAGAUCUACGGGGAGAGCCUGUGCCAGGACGUGCCCUACAAGACCUUGCUGCUCUCCAUCAGAGACUGCGCCCAGGCAGUUGUCCGGGAAAUGCUCACAAAAUACGGACUGGAGAAGGCCGACCCCCUGCACUACUGCCUGGUUCAGGUCAACAGCGAUGGAACGGAGUAUAUACUCGAUGAUGACGAGUGCCCGCUUUCGAUACUCAUGAACCACCCGACGUCGCGAGGCUCCAUCAUGUUCCAUGUGCGGCGUCGUCCGGCGGACUCGCAGCCGAGGAGGCGGAAGAAAAAGCCCCUGGGAGCGGCUAACGGGGCCAAUCACAUCUCCGGCGAUCGAGAGGGUCCCGUCCUGGUGGAGGUGACGCACAGCGGCGACGGCGGACGGCGGAUCAAGCUGGGCAGCGAUCCCGUGGAGGUGGGAUCCGCGAACACCAACUGCCUGCAGCUCUUCGGACCCUCGAUCCAGCCGAGGCACUGCCUCAUCUCGCUGCUGGAGGGCGUCUGCACCGUCACCCCGCUGCACACCGAUGCCCUGACCUUCGUCAAUGGCCACCACAUCAGUCAGCCGACCAUUCUGCAUAACGGUUCGGUCGUAAUGUUUGGACGGGUGGCCUCGUACCGCUUCCUCGACUCCCCCACCGAUGGGCGUUACAACCUGGCCCUGUCGCAAUCCCAACUGGACUCGGCCUGCCUCUACGAAAGCCGCUCACCGACGUCCCCGGGAUCCUGGAACGACGAGGAUGGAGCGCUCAGCUCGACCCACAAAAGCGACUACGACCACCACCACCACCAAUCGAACCAAUCCAGUGCCUACCACAACAACAACAACAACAACUCCAGUGACCAUCCCCUGAGCAGCACGCUGAGGGACGUGGUGGACAGCAAGGCUGGACAGGAUCAGGUGGCCAACUCCGGCAACUACGACGGCCAGAGCCUGGAGGGGAACCUGGAGAACGAGACCAAGUCGAUCUCCAGCAUGAAGUCAGGUGGUUCCAACAGCCAAGAUCGGUCACCCAAAAUGCCCGGCUCUGGUCUUUUGGCCGGAGGUGGCAGCGGUUCCGGCGAGGCCCAGGGACAGGAGCCCAUCCUGCCGGCUGUCCUGGAGUUCCCCGAAACCCACCAGGAACUCUUUCUGCGUCACAUUAUCAGCGAGCUGGACGUGAACGUUCCGCACUUUAAGCUGGCACCCGUCUACUCGCUCUACCUGUGUGCCAGGUAUCGGGCCUCCACCCACUAUCGCCCGGAGCUGCAGCCCACGGAGCGCGCCCACAAGCUCACCAUGUUUCUGCACCACGUGGCCAACCUGGUCUACAGCGUGGUCCAGGAGCAGUACACGGACCCCCGCAUCCUGGCCUUCUGGAUGGCCAACAGCUCGGAGUUCCUGCACUUCCUCAAGUCGGACCGCCACAUCAGCGCCUUCAGCGUUCAGGCCCAGGAGGUGUUGGCCGAGGCCGUGCAGACCGCGUUCCGCAACCUGGUCAACUGCUUCCGGCUGGAGCUCUCGCAGACCCUCAACCAGUUCCUCUCCGAGAACAUUGACCACGACUCCGCCGCCGGUCUCGUGCUCACGGUCCUGGGAUCUGCGAUGGCCCUCCUCCGCCGCUGUCGCGUCAACGCCGCCCUGACCAUCCAGUUGUUCUCCCAGCUGUUCCACUACAUCAAUGUCAUAUGUUUCAAUACGAUUGUGGCCAACUCCCACAUGUGCACAGCGGACUGGGGCAAGGUGAUGACGGAGCGACUGCAGCUGCUGGAGCUGUGGGCAGAGCGGCAGGGACUGGAACUGGCGGCGGACUGCCACCUGGCCAAGAUCAACCAGUGCGCGCAGUUCCUGCAGGCACCCAAGUCGUCCGCGGAGGAGAUCCAGCGACUGGCCUGCUCCUGCUUCCGGCUGAACUCGCUGCAGAUGGCCGCGCUGCUGCAGCUGGAGAAGCUGCCCCGCAACCUGGUGGACACGGCCAUCCGGAUGGCGGAGUCGGUGGCCGACGAGCUGACCCGUGCCGACGGACGGGAGGUUCGUCUGGAGGAAUCGCCCGAGCUGCACUUGGCGCUCCUGCUCCCCGACGACGGCUUCAGCUGCGAUGUGGUGAGAGGCAUCCCCACCGGCCUGGUCGACUUCCUUAAUCCGCUGCAGCAGCAGGGCAUGUGUCGCCUGGCGGCCCAGCCCACCUCGAUUGGCCUCUGGACGGUCUACAUGCACCAGUUCAACGCCCGCAGCUCAAGUGCCAUGUCGAACAAGCUGCCGCAGCCGGAGUUGCAGGUGAUCAAGCUGCACAAGAACAGCAACGGCAUGGGAUUGUCCAUCGUGGCGGCCAAGGGCGCUGGCCAGGAGAAGCUGGGCAUCUACAUCAAGAGCGUGGUUCCCGGCGGAGCGGCGGACGCGGACGGACGCCUGCAAGCCGGCGACCAGCUGCUGCGCGUGGAUGGCCAGAGCCUGAUUGGCAUCACGCAGGAGAGGGCCGCCGAUUACCUGGUGCGAACUGGACCCGUGGUCAGUUUGGAGGUGGCCAAGCAGGGCGCCAUCUACCACGGGCUGGCCACGCUGCUGCAGCAGCCCAGUCCGGUCAUCCAGCGGGGUAAUCGACGUAUGUCCGAACGCGAUCUGACGCGGAUGGGCGGCGCCGAGUCGACCAAAUCCCUGGGUCCACUGAUUGCGAACAGCCAUCCGAAUCACAGCCUCAGUCUUAGCCAGCAUCUGAACAACAGCCACAACAACAACACUCUAGGCAACAGUAGCAACAGCAGUAGCAACAUCAUCAAUCCCCUAGCUGCACACCUGCCCAACAGCAAAUCGGUGCCGGCUCUGCAUCACCACUCGGGAUCGGGUACCAUAUCCCUGGCCAAUUCCAAGUCACGCAGCACGCACAGUUUGCAUAACAAUACAUCGGUCAUGGGAGGAGGAAUCGGAGCAGGAGGAGUUGGAGCCGGGAUGCUGGGCCAGCCGAAUGGCAGCCACAACAACGCAAAUGGAAAUGGCAACGGCAACGAGCAGGGAUUCUAUCAGAAUCUCAGCGUGUAUCGGGCACAAAACCAGAGCCAGCCGGUUCUCAACGAAAGACCGCCGCUUGGCACACUUGCCGCCAUGAACGCCUACAAUGGCAGUUCCCCGCUUGCGCCGCAGCAACAACCACAGCAGCAACAACAACAGCAGCAGCAACCAUCGCCCUACCAGCAACAGCAACAUCUGCAGGGCAAUGCUAAUCUGCCGCCCACGCGUCCCGUUUCUGCCUAUUACCACAGCCAGCAGUCGGCCCAGCAGCAACUCCAGCAGCAACAACAGCAGCAGCAACAGCAGCAGCAACAGCACUCCCUGCAGCAGCAACAGUUCGCCCUCAGCAGCAGCAAUCUCAAUGGCCAGCAGCAACAGCACCAGCUCACAUUAAACAAUCGCACGAAGAGCCAGCAAAACUUCCAGCACACCCUGCGCAUGCAGCAGAUGAUGGCUCCCUCGAUGCCCAACAUCAGCAACAUGUACCACCACCAGCAGCAGCAGCAGCAACAGCAACCGCUUCCCCUGCAGCAGCAGCAACAGCAGCAGCCGCCUCUGAUGAGCAGCAGCCAGAGCAUGCAGAAUGUCAACGAUUUCACAGGUGGCGGAUAUCAGAACGGCAGCCUGGAGUACAGACGCAGUCAGCUCCACGACCCAGCCGCCCUGUACGAGCUCCAGCAGCAACAGCAGCAGCAGUUGCAACAGCAACAUCAGCAGCAACAGUCGCCUAAUUUCAUAGCCCUGCCUCCGAAGCCGUUGGGCAGCUUGCAGUCCCCGAAUAAACCAAACGCGCCACCAAGCACGGCGCCCAAACCGCAGCAGCAGCAGCAACAGCAACAGCAGCGGUUCCUCGGGCAACAACAACAAAUGCUGCCGGAGGACAAGCCUCCACUGCCGCCCACCGCUACGCAUCCGCUGUACAAGGCCACGCAGCAGAUCGCCCCGGGGAUGAAUUACGUGGCCAGCACUCUGGAUCCGCCGAAGGGCAGCUACGUGCCGGCCAACCAGGCGAACAGCCGUCCCCUGCACGGCGGCACCAAUCCCUGGGAGAGGGAGGAGCGCGAGAAGGACCUGGAGAUGCGACGCGAGCACAUUCGCCAGUGGCGGGAGCAGCAGAUCUCGGAGCUCUCCCAGACCGCGUCCCGCUCCCCCAUGCAGGAGGAGCAGCUGAAGACGCUGAUCCUGGAGCGAGACUUCGAGCGGAGAGCCCAGGAGCUGCAGGAGCAGGAGGAGCAGGACCAGGAGCAGCAGUACGACAAGGAGAACGUGCAGGAGCUCUUCCGGCUGGCCGGCGGCGGUCAGGUCAGUGCCAUUCAAACGCCCAUCACCAGCUACAGGCAGACGGAGAUCAAGAUGGCGGAGAUCACGGACAGCAGCAGUCCGGUGGACUCGGUUCCGGCUCCACAGCCACCGGCGCCGACUGCCCAGCCGCUGGGCAACAGCACGCAGCAGCCGAAGAGCAUUCUGAAGCACAACCGCUACUCCGAGGGAGGAGUGGGUCCCAGUGGAGCUCCCUCGUCGCCCUCCAAGUCACAGAAAUCGGCCAGUUUCGCGGAUGAGCGGCACCUGCACACGGAGCACCCGAUAUCGAACCUGGCCAAGGAGCUCAACCAGCUCACCAUGCUCGACAAGGACAACAACAACGAGACCUUGGAGGCAGUGGUUCCGCCGCCACCGCCGCCAGAGAGGAACAGUUCUUACCUGAUCAUGUCGCAGCAGAAGCUGCGCGCCAGCACUGGGAACACCAGCUCGUCCAUGGGACUGCUCAAGACAGCGACAAGCAACCAGGCAGCAGCCGCCGUGGAGAUCAAGAAGGCUUCGCUCCUGAACACCCAGAGCAGCAAUAACAACAACCUGAGCGGCAGCCUGAACAACAACACGGUGCAGGGAUCUCCGCUCAGCGCCAUGGAACUGAACGCCGCCUAUGUUUCGGCAACGGGCACGGGGAUGGUGGGAGGACUGGGCACACCACCUCCGCCACCGCCGUUGCUGCAGAGGGACAACAAGCGGGUGAGCUUCCACGACGAGGAGAACAACUUCGUGGGCGGGAACAGCCAGCAGCAGCAGCCGCUGCAGCAGCAAUACAUCAUGGACAACUACGGGAUGGAGCAUCAGGAUUUGGACACCAUCAGAGAAGAUACCAGUUAUCUGCAGUUAAAUCUUGAUGCCUCCAUGCUGCCAUCGAUGCCAGCCACUCCCGACGCUGCCCUCUGGAACACCUCAGUGCAGUCCACUCCCGGCGUGAUUGGUGCGCAGGAGGUGUACAGAGAUCCUCGCACGCGUCGCCUGGCGGAAAAGCAACAGCAGCAGCAGCAACAACGCGCCGGAGAUGCGGUGCCCGAGAAGCUCUCGUUCAAGGAGAAGAUGAAGAUGUUUGCCCUGGAGUCGGGGGAGGACAACACGCCCAAGGACAAGCUGAAGAUAUCGCGGGCCCAGCGGGAUAUAGACGCGGUGCACUAAGGAGGAGAAGAGAUCGUUGCUAAAUGCCAUGUACAUACACACCCGAAACAAACAAUGCUUACACUUCAAUAUACUGGGGGCCAAGUUGUUACGUUAGCUCUACACAACACACAUAGAUAUUUAGAUCAAGUUAUAUAGACCCGAUAUAGACCACACCUAACGAAUUUGCUAAGCAAGGCAAUAACAAUCCACAGUUAUCGCGUUUCAGAGUUAAUUACCACACCCAAAAUGUUAACUGAAUUCAAUUAGUGAGAAUUGUCAGUGUAUAGCAUUAUAGUCUAUAUAUACCUGUGUUUAUAUAUACAGAACUAUAACGAACCGAAAGCGAGGCGAGCCACAUUUGUAAAGCGUUUUAAACAUUUAACAUUUAAUUAACCCUACGAUUAACAAUUUGUUACAUCCGAUUACAGCAUACGUUUUAUGGUUAAACAGCAGUGUAAAUGAGCAGAGUUAGUUUAGAUAUAGUACAUAUACUUACCUGGGAACCGUGCGGAACAAGAAACAUUUAUAUAUAUACUGUAUCCAUUAGAGAACUCCUAAGCCACAAAAACAUUCAAACAAAUGGUCCAAUUAUUCAAUUAUUAAAGCUAUAUUUACAAAACACGAA